CAAUUCUCAUAACCCAAAACAUUAAUUCCACACACACACACCCACGCACGCACGCGCAUCUCAACUCUCGGAUUGUUAGUUAAUAAUCGAUCGAUAUAUAUAGUAUGGGCUUGAAGAUCCCGCUGAUGAAGAGAAGCCGAGUCGCGAAUUCCGGAAUGGAUCUCCAGAUUCCGGCGCACUUCCGCUGCCCGAUCUCGCUCGACCUCAUGCGCGACCCGGUCACGGCGGCUACCGGCAUCACCUACGACCGGCAGAGCAUCGAGACGUGGCUCGAGCUCGGCAACGGAAGCUGCCCCGUGACCGCCCGGCCCGUCGCCAACGAGGAGCUCAUCCCCAACCACGCAAUUCGCCGGAUGAUUCAGGAUUGGUGCGUCUCGAACCGCGGCCUCGGGAUCGAGCGGAUACCCACCCCCCGCGUUCCGGUGACGCGCACGGAUGUCGCGGAGAUCCUGCAGGAGAUUGCGGUCUCCGGCCGACGCGGCGACGGGCCCCGCUGCGGCGAAUUGGCUGGGAAGCUCAAGGGUUUGGGGAAGGAGAGCGAGCGCAACCGCCGGUGCAUCGCUUCCGGGGGUGCCGCCCGCGUCUUAUCGGCCUCGCUCAGCCAACUGGCAGGCGAGUCGAUAGACGCAUCAAGAUCAGCGGUCUUUCAGGAGAUCCUUUCUGCACUGACGGUUUUCUCCCCUCUGGACGAGGAGUCACUGCGGCACAUCGGAUCCCGCGGGUCUCUGAGAUCCAUCGUCUCGAUCCUACGCAACGGCGAUCUCGCGGGGAGGCUUAGCGCGGUCUUGGUCCUAAAGGAGCUUGUUUCUUCGCUACAUUCCGAAGGUAUAGACGCCGUGGCGAGGACCGACGGACUAAGCGAAGCGCUCGUGAAGCUCAUCGAGAAGCCCAUUUCGCCGCAAGCGACAAAGGUUUCUUUGAUCGCCACCUACUAUAUGGUUUCUUCCAGCAACAUUGUGGCGUCCAAAUUCGUCGAGCUGGGUCUGGUUCCUUUGCUUCUGGAGAAUCUUGUGGACGCAGAGAAAAGCGUGUGCGAGAAGGCUCUGGGCGUGCUGGAUGGUCUCUUCAGUUGCGAGAGAGGCCGAGAGCGCGGCUACGAUAACGCGCUGGCGGUGCCCGUUUUGGUGAAGAAGAUGUUCCGCGUAUCGGACUUGGCCACGGAGUUCGCGGUUUCGGCUCUUUGGAAGCUCUGCAGGAACUACAACAAGGAAGCAGGGAAGAGAGGGGGAGAUGCCGGGGGGUGUUUGAAUGAAGCACUUCAAGUUGGGGCCUUUCAGAAGCUGCUGCUCUUGCUGCAGGUGGGUUGCAGUGGGUCUACAAAGGAGAGAGCAAGUGAUCUGCUUAAGAUACUGAAUGGGUCUAGAGGAAGUGCGGAGUGCAUCGAAUCAGUGGAUUUUAAGGGCCUGAAGAGGUCUUUUUGAUUGAGAAAAGGUGAUUAUCUGAUAGUGUAGAAAUGGAUAGAAAAAGAUACAGUUUUGAUACUUCUUCUUCUCUUGUUUUUGUACAAAAAGGCAUAAUUAAAUUAAAUUAUACUUUGUGUCAGUUUGCAGCAAUUGACGUAAUAUGAAAUGAAUCAUCUGAUUAGUCUUAUUGUA